AUGGCUAGCAAUGCUAUGGUAGCCUUCCAAGUUCCAGUGCUCGACAGCAACAACUUCGAUAAUUGGAGUAUCAAAAUGAAGGCCCUUUUGGGUGCACACGAUGUCUGGGAAGUCGUGGAGAAAGGCUACACUGAGCCAGAAGAUGAAGCUACUCUGUCUCAACCCCAGAAGGAGAGUUUGAAAGAUUCAAGAAAGAGAGACAAGAAGGCUCUCUACCUCAUCUACCAAGCAUUAGAUGACAAUGGCUUUGAGAAGGUCUCGAGUGCAACCUCUGCCAAGCAAGCAUGGGAGAAGCUUCAAACCUCUUACAAAGGAGCCGAACAAGUGAAAAAGGUUCGUCUUCAAGUAUUAAGAGGUGAGUUCGAAUCUCUACAAAUGAAAGGGUCUGAAUCAAUCUCUGAUUAUUUCUCAAGAGUCUUAGCCAUUUCCAAUCAAUUAAAAAGAAACGGAGAAAAGUUAGAAGAUGUUAGAAUUAUGGAGAAGAUACUACGCUCGUUGGACCCCAAGUUCGAGCACAUUGUCGUGACGAUUGAAGAAACUAAAAACUUGGAAGAAAUUAGUAUAGAGCAAUUAAUGGGUUCGCUACAAGCAUAUGAAGAGAAACAUAAGAAGAGGCAAGGGAAUGAUGAGCAGCUCCUUAAGACGCAUGUUCAGCCAAAGAAGAAAGAAGAAAGCUUCGACAACGAGAGAAGCCGUUACGGAAGAAGUCGUGGUCGAGGUCGCGGACGUGGACAUGGGCGUGGAUGUGGUUGGAACUUAAACAACCAUAGCAACUACGAAAGAGGAGAAAGCUCAACAAAAGGUCGCGGAAGAGGACGCUCAAACUCAAGGUAUGAAAAAUCUCAAGUUCAAUGCUAUAAUUGUCAAAAGUUUGGGCAUUAUGCUUGGGAAUGUAGAGCUCCAAACAGCAGACUUGAUGAGAAGGUCAAUUAUGUGAAAGAAGAGAAAGAAGAGAAUGGUGUUGUGCUACUAGCAUGCAAGAACAAUGAUGGAGACCAAGACUAUACAUGGUACCUUGACACCGGCGCUAGCAACCACAUGUGCGGAAGAAGAAGCAUCUUCGUAGAGCUCAAUGAAUCAGUGAGUGGCAACGUUUCUUUUGGAGAUGAAUCCAAAAUACCCGUAAAAGGAAAAGGUAACAUCCUUAUUCCCUUGGAAAAUGGCGGUCACCAAUUAAUUUCAAAUGUCUACUACGUGCCCAAUAUGAAAAGCAACAUUUUGAGUUUGGGUCAACUCUUAGAAAAAGGUUAUGAUUUUCAUACGAAAAAUUAUAUCCUUUUUCUUAGAGAUGACAAGGGAAGAUUAAUUGCCAAGGCGAAAAUGUCAAAGAAUAGGAUGUUUCCCAUGAACAUUCAAAACGAUGUUGCAAAGUGUCUCAAGAUAUGUUACAAAGACGUAUCUUGGCUUUGGCAUCUUCGUUUUGGGCAUCUUAACUUUGGGGGAGUGGAGUUAUUAUCCAAGAAGAAGAUGGUGAGAGGCUUACCGUGUAUCAGCCACCCUGAUCAAGUUUGCGAAGGAUGUUUACUUGGGAAACAGUUCAGGAAAAGCUUUCCAAAGGAGUCGACCACAAGAGCCCAGAAGCCACUCGAGCUUAUUCACACCGAUAAAUCAGAAAUCUUUGGAGCAUUCAAGAAGUUCAAAGCCGCUGUAGAAAGGGAGAGUGGUUGCAAGAUCAAAGCCAUGAGAUCUGAUCAAGGAGGAGAAUUCACUUCGAAGGAAUUUCAAGAGUUUUGUGAAGCAAAUGGAAUUCGUCGACCUUUGACAGUUCCAAGAUCCCCUCAACAAAAUGGAGUGGCGGAAAGAAAAAAUCGAACCAUCCUCGACAUGGCUCGAAGCAUGCUCAAAAGCAAGAAAUUGCCUAAGGAAUUGUGUGCAGAAGCUGUAGCAUGUGCUGUCUACCUAUCCAAUCGAUCUCCAACAAGGAGAGUGUGGGGAAAAACUCCGCAAGAAGCAUGGAGUGGAAGAAAACCAGGUAUUUCUCAUCUAAGAGUUUUUGGAAGCAUAGCCCAUGUACAUGUACCAGACGAGAGGAGAACCAAACUCGACGAAAAAAGUGAGAAGUUCAUCUUCAUCGGCUAUGACACAAAUUCAAAAGGCUAUAAGCUGUAUAAUCCAAACAAUGGGAAGACGGUGAUCAGUCGAGACGUGAUGUUCGAUGAAGAAGGAGAAUGGGAUUUUGGCCCGCAUGCAGGUGAUCUUCACUUCUUUCCUCAAUUUGAAGAAGAUAAUGAACAAGGGAUGAUGGAGCAAGCAAGAGAGGUUCAACAAGAAUCCACUACUCCACCUACUUCACCAACAUUAACCAAUCAUGGUAAUUCAUCAGCAUCAGCAUUGUCAAGUGGGAGUCUAAAUGAAAGAGAAGUACCACGCACAAGAAGUAUACGAGAUCUUUAUGAGGUAGCUGAAAGACUUGAUAAUCCUACACUUUUCUGUCUCUUUGCUGAUUGUGAACCAGUUGACUUCCAAGAAGCAGUGCAAGAUACUAAGUGGAGGAAAGCAAUGGAUGAAGAAAUUGAAGCAAUCCAGAAGAAUGAUACAUGGGAACUCACUGUUCUUCCGAAAGGACACAAAGCCAUCGGAGUCAAGUGGGUGUACAAGACAAAGAAAAAUGCCAAUGGAAAGGUCGAAAGAUACAAGGCAAGACUAGUGGCGAAAGGCUAUAGUCAAAGAGCCGGAAUCGACUAUGAUGAGGUAUUCGCACCCGUUGCUUGGUUGGAAACUAUACGAUUACUAAUUUCUUUGGCAGCUCAAAACAGUUGGAAGAUUCAACAAAUGGAUGUGAAGUCCGCUUUCCUAAAUGGAGUUCUUGAAGAAGAAGUCUACAUUCAGCAACCGUCAGGCUAUGAGAUCAAAGGGCAUGAAGACAAAGUUCUGAAGUUGAAGAAAGCCCUCUAUGGGUUAAAACAAGCGCCACGAGCAUGGAAUAGUCGCAUCGACAAGUACUUUCAGGAAAACAACUUCAUCAAGUGCCCUCAUGAACAUGCUCUCUACGUCAAAGUCAAAGAUGGAGAUAUUUUGAUUGUGUGCUUAUAUGUGGAUGAUCUAAUCUUCACCGGGAGUAAUCCAAGCAUGUUUGAAGAGUUCAAGAGAGUGAUGACCAAAGAAUUUGAGAUGACCGACAUCGGGUUGAUGGCAUAUUACCUAGGCAUUGAAGUCAAGCAGAACGAAGAAGGAAUUUUCAUCUCCCAAGAAAGCUACACAAAGGAGAUACUGAAAAAGUUCAAAAUGGACAACUGCAAGCCCGUGAGCACGCCAAUGGAGUGCGGAGUCAAACUAACCAAGUAUGACAAAGGAGAAAGCGUAGAUCCAACAUUUUUCAAAAGCCUAGUUGGAAGCUUGCGCUACUUGACUUGCACAAGACCAGAUAUUCUCUAUGUUGUCGGAUUAAUCAGUCGCCACAUGGAGAAUCCUACAACUACACAUUUGAAAACAGCCAAAAGAAUUCUUCGAUACCUCAAAGGUACUGCUAACUUUGGCUUGUUUUAUUCAAGUUCUGAUAACUACAAACUUGUUGGAUAUAGCGACAAUGAUUGGGCAGGAGAUUCCGACGAUAGAAAAAGCACUACUGGAUUUGUGUUCUUCAUGGGAGACACUGCAUUCACAUGGAUGUCGAAGAAGCAACCGAUUGUCACUCUCUCUACCUGCGAAGCUGAAUAUGUAGCUGCUACUUCAUGUGUCUGCCAUGCAAUCUGGCUGAGAAACUUGCUCAAAGAAUUAAGAAUGCGACAAGAAGAGCCAACAAAGAUCUAUGUCGACAACAAGUCUGCAAUAGCUCUAGCAAAGAAUCCAGUAUUCCAUGACAAGAGCAAACAUAUAGAUACCCGUUAUCACUACAUAAGAGAGUGCAUUGCAAGAAAGGAUGUGCAAGUGGAAUACGUGAAGUCUCAAGACCAAGUUGCCGACAUAUUCACCAAGCCACUCAAACAAGAAGACUUUAAAUGGGCCCUUGACAGUGAUAAAUCUGCCUGCGAAAGCUUGAAGUUAAAUCAUCCAGAAACGCAUAAGGCCAACGAUGUCGAAAGAACUCAUCCAUUAAGAUCAAAGACUUCAAGUGUACCAAAGAAUAGUAAUGAGGUUGGUACUGGUGAAUAUGAAGUUUCGAGGAUUGUUGAUGUCUGCUUUGGUGAUCCUAAUAAGACAGGCAAGCAUGGAGUGAACUUUAAGGUGCAUUGGAAAGGUUAUGGUAGCAGUGAAGAUACAUGGGAACCAAUUGAAGGCUUAAGUAACUGCCAAGAAAGUAUACAGGAUUUUGUAAGAAAUGGGAGGAAAGUGAAAAUUUUGCCACUUCCAGGAGAUGUUGAUGUAAUAUGUGGGGGCCCUCCUUGCCAAGGAAUUAGUGGCUAUAAUCGCUAUAGAAACGUUGUUUCUCCAUUGGAUGAUGAGAGGAAUCAUCAAAUUGUAGUCUUCAUGGAUAUUGUAAACUUCUUGAAGCCAAAGUUUGUGCUGAUGGAAAAUGUUGUUGACAUUUUGAGAUUUGACAAAGCUUCUCUGGGAAGAUAUGCACUUAGUCGUUUGGUGGAUAUGAAGUACCAAGCGAGGCUGGGAAUACUUGCUGCUGGUUGUUAUGGCCUUCCACAAUUUCGGUUGCGUGUUUUCUUGUGGGGUGCUCAUGCUUGUGAGAAUCUGCCACAGUUUCCUCUUCCAACACAUGAUGUCAUAAUGAGAUACUGGCCUCCACCAGAGUUCGAGCGGAACACUGUUGCUUACGAUGAAGAACAACCUCGUGAAUUAUUAGAAAAAGCUCUUGUUCUUCGUGAUGCCAUCUCGGAUCUUCCUUCUGGAGCAAAUUUCCGGGAUCUACCUGGUGUUGUUGUAGGAAGUGACAAUGUGGCUCGGAGAGAGUCAACUGAAAAGCAUUCUCUGUUGCCAUCUGGAAGGCCAUUAACCGUUUGCGAGGUUAAGGUAGUAUUACAUCCGGAGCAGGACCGAAUUCUCACUGUACGUGAAUCUGCAAGAUUGCAAGGCUUUCCUGAUUAUUAUAGGUUCUGUGGGACAGUUAAAGAGAGGUAUUGUCAGAUUGGAAAUGCAGUUCCAGUUUCGGUUGCACGAGCUUUAGGUUAUGCGUUGGGAUUGGCAGUUCGAAAACUCAGCGGAAAUGAUCCACUCAUGACUCUCCCCAAUAAGUUUUCUCAUUCAAACUUCUUCCAAUUCACAAAAAAGUUGCCUCUCGAGACCGAAGAGUAA